GAUAUCUUGGAAGGAUGCAUGUCUCCUCUUGUGCUGUCCCCGUAUUCUGGCUGGGUCCUAGACAGAGUGAUUGGGCAAUCAGCCCCAGAAGUCGCACCCUCCAGAAGUUCAACGCCUAAAGAGUCCACUCCCCUCACACACUGGUCAUCUUCUCUGGAGAAGAUCACAUCUGCUAGCCACCAGGGUUCUUCACCACUUUCAUCUGCAGGCCCAAGUGAAACAAAGGGAAAUGAAGAUCUUGGUCUUCUGGAAGUGGAUCAAGAAGCCUUUCUGGCAGUUCUGCCAUCUAAAGUUACAGAAGUUGAAGGCUGCAUUCGGAUGUAUGAAGAGAUGUACAGGUUGAAAGGAAAGGAGGGGCUAAGGCAACGGCAGGAGCAGCAAGAGCAGAUGGUGAGGGCAGUGUACGACCUGGCAAGUGAACAACUGAAACGCUUUGAUGAACUGAAGGAGCUAAAGCAGCAUCAGGAAUUCCAAGAUUUGCAAGAAGUAAUGGAGAAGAGCUCAAAGGAGGCUCAGGGACAGCAAGAGAAGCUGAAGGAAGAACACCGACACAGAGCAAAGGUAUUAAACCUAAAACUGCGUGAAGCAGAGCAGCAGAGGCAGCGUCAGGAAGAGCUGGAGCGUUUGCGUAAGGAAGAGGGCCAGGAAAGAUUGCGUCGCCUUUAUUCCAUCCAGGAGGAAGUGCUACAGCUUAACCAGCAGAUUGAUCCCAAUUAUAGACACAAAGACUUGCCAAGAAUCGAUCUUUCUGCAUACAGUAAUCGUGGCAACCAGAUCUGUGGGCUGGUGUCAGGACUCAUCCGCACCACAAGCGAGAGAGGUUUCCCUACUCCAGUAGAUGUGGCAAAUACUGAGCGAGCCCUGCAGGAGAUGCGAGGGUUGAUAACCAGCAUGCAGCAAGAAAUCGCCGCAGCUGUGGAAGAAAAAAGGAGAAGAGAUGAAGAGGAAGAGAGACAGAAGCAGAAAGAGUUACUGAAAAAAGAGCAAAUGAAGGCUCAGAAUCCUGCCCCUGCACAGCAGUCAGGGAGAAAGCAGCAGAAGGAAGGACUUCAAGUUAAGGCAGAAGAAAGUACCAUGCAGUGGUACCAGCAGCUUCAAGAUGCUGCUGAGCAGUGCGUCGCUUCUUUCAGCGGAAUCAGCAACUGCAAAGACAACAAUGAGGUUAAGAAGAUAAAAACAGACUUGCAGAAAGCAGCAACGAUCCCCGUGAGCCAGAUCUCUAGAAUAGCAGGCUCUCAGCUGAGAGAGAUAUUUGACAAGAUCAAUAACCUGCUCUCUGGAAAGUCUGUUCAGAGUGGAGGGCGAACUGUAUCAGUGACUCAGCAUCCACAGGGGCUGGAUUUUGUUUAUUACAAACUUGCGGAGAAAUUUGUGAAUCAAGGAGAAGAAGAAGUAGCUUCUCACCGUGAUGCAGCUUUCCCAAUUGCUGUGGUGGCCUCAGGAAUCUGGGAAAUACAUCCUCGAGUUGGAGACCUCUUUUUAGCUCAUCUGCACAAAAAGUGCCCCUAUUCUGUGCCAUUUUACCCUGCACUGAAAGAGGGAACUUCUAUGGAAGAGUAUCAAAGGAUGCUUGGAUAUCAAGUUAAGGAUUCUAAGAUGGAAGAGCAAGAUCAUUUUCUUAAACGGAUGUCAGGAAUGAUUCGUCUGUAUGCUGCUAUCAUUCAACUCCGGUGGCCUUAUGGAAACAAACAAGGGACACAUCCUCAUGGGCUGAAGUAUGGAUGGCGUUGGCUCGCUCAGAUGUUGAAUAUGGAGCCUCUGGCAGAUGUGACAGCUACACUUCUUUUUGAUUUUCUGGAGGUGUGUGGCAACGCUCUCAUGAAACAGUAUCAGGUUCAGUUCUGGAAAAUGAUGUUGCUUAUCCGAGAAGACUAUUUCCCAAGAAUUGAAGCAAUUACCAGCUCUGGACAGAUGGGCUCUUUAAUGCGUUUCAAGCAAUUCUUGGAGAAAUGUCUACAGCAGAAGGAAAUUCCAUUACCAAAGGGUGCUCUGCAGUCUUCCUUCUGGAGAUCAUAA